GCAAUAAAAUUUCGUACAUCUUACUUGACAAGUACAUUUCUUAUAAAUACCACUCCCUCAGCCGAACAAAACGUAUUUCUUUUUAAAGCAUCUUCAAGAGAAGGGGUGUGACAAAAUGUUGUUUAAAUUCGGCAUUUAUUUUCUUCUGUUUAGUUGUAUAAUGUUGAAAGGUAAGACCGAGGGUCGUCAUGUAGGCACAGCCGAUCAUAGAUGUUGUUUUUUCUGUCUUGCGGUGUGGAAUCCGGUAUGUGGAACAGAUGGGAAAACCUAUGGUAAUAGGUGCGAGUUUAGGAGAGGAAAAUGCCUGAAUGAAAAAUUGAGGAUUGCAUACCCUGGAGAAUGUGUUUAAAAUGCUUGAAAACUGGUGAAGCAAAUAAAUGUUCCAAAAGGAAAA